CAGUCUACUGAAAAAAUCAACUUGGUGUGAGAAUUAGUUUAGAAUUGGCUAGGUGAUUUUUACAGCUCUUUCACUGCAUUUGUUAAUCUUUAACAUUUGGUCAGUGAACAAUCCGUGAAUGUAGAGCGCUUGCUGUAGAGUUUUCUGUGGUCAUUGUACAGUCCUUUCCUCCCAGAUAACUUUAGGAAGUUCUUUGUUUUAUUGAAAAGAAAGACUUCAAACUGAAGUGCGCGACACACCUUAACCCCUCCUGUGUUCACACAGGAGACACGGGACACAGAUCAGUGAUAAGAGCAGACUCCACUUCCUCCAUCUGUGUAGGCAGCUGUAUAAAUCCAUAAGUGUGCUUAUAGUGUCAAAGCUCAGGUGGUGAUAUAUUGUGUGGAGGUGACCGAGCGUUCAUGAAGGGUAAUGUGAGGGAAGCAUUACCUCACUGGGGCCGUUUCUCUCCCUCCUGUGGCCACACCUCCAACAUCAGACCAUAUCAGCCAAGAGGGAAAAAACACAUGGAAGAGGGAAAGAGGCAGUUGGAGAAUGACUAAGGAAUUUGGUGUAAACCGGAAAAUCGAAUAACUUUCGUUACUCGAGUUAAAGUAGUAGUAGAGUGCGUGGGUUCAUUGUUAAGCAAGCAUCUGCCUGGAGGAUGUUAAAUGGACACGAGAUAAAUAUCACAUGUUUCCAGCGUGAGGUUCAAGGUGCUUUUGUGCAGUCAAACGUGAAGCUGACGUCAGUGAAAAUGCUGGAGACGGUAAAAAGCAGAGUGCUGGAGGUCUACGAAAACCUCUUAGCAGGAAGAGACCCUCGUUUGAAGGAUUACCUUCUAAUGGGGAGUCCAGUCAGUAUGUCUGCUAUUCUACUUGCUUAUCUUUUCUUCGCACUGUACGCUGGCCCUAAGUUUAUGGCCAACCGCAAACCCUUCCAGCUGAAAGAAGCGAUGAUCAUCUACAACCUGUCCUUGGUUGGCCUGUCUGCAUAUAUCGUAUAUGAGGUGAGCGUCAGGAGAUGUUGGUUCUGUUAGGUGGCGUGAUCUGGGAUGUGUUUGAACUUGAAUGCACGUGUUUGUUUGCCUGCGUUGACUCAG